GCCCGGGAGAGGCAGCCUGCAAGGCGCUCAUCCCGCGGAAGAGGCACGCUGGGCGCUCGCUGCUCUCCACGCCGGGGACGUUUCCACCGAAUGUAGCAUGAAACGGCUCUGCUCUGCGUGUCAGCCUUGGGGACGAGCUGAUGCUGAAGACGCCGCGGUGGGGUUCCAGCUGUCUGAUUAAUGAGAAACAUAAUGUAUUUUGGUGGUACAUGCCAGAGCCCUGCUCUCCCAGCCCUGGUCCGUCCACCAGCCCCUCCUCUGCAACCUUCGCUGGAUAUCAAACCCUUUCUUCCCUUUCCUCUGGACACUGCUGCGGUCAACCUCUUCCCCAAUUUUAAUGCGAUGGACCCGAUUCAGAAAGCUGUAAUAAAUCAUACAUUCGGGGUUCCUCUUCCUCAUCGAAGAAAGCAAAUCAUAUCAUGCAACAUUUGCCAGUUGAGAUUUAAUUCUGAUAGCCAGGCUGCGGCCCACUACAAAGGCACGAAACAUGCCAAGAAGCUCAAAGCACUGGAAGCCAUGAAAAAUAAGCAGAAAUCUGUAACUGCCAAGGACAGCGCAAAGACUACCUUCACCUCCAUCACUACCAAUACCAUCAAUACCAGCUCUGACAAAACAGACAGUACCGCAGGGACACCAGCAAUAUCAACGACAACUGUGGAAAUUCGCAAAAGCAGUGUUAUGACAACUGAGAUCACCUCCAAAGUGGAAAAAAGCCCCACAACAGCCACUGGCAAUAGCUCAUGUCCUUCCACGGAGACCGAGGAAGAAAAGGCAAAACGGCUUCUUUACUGUUCGCUAUGCAAGGUUGCUGUCAACUCUGCCUCACAGCUGGAGGCACACAACAGUGGUACUAAGCACAAAACCAUGCUAGAAGCCCGGAACGGAAGUGGGACUAUCAAAGCCUUUCCUAGGGCAGGCGUGAAAGGCAAAGGACCAGUUAAUAAGGGAAACACAGGUCCAAACAAAACGUUUCACUGUGAAAUCUGUGAUGUGCACGUCAACUCGGAAACACAACUUAAACAGCACAUUAGCAGUAGAAGGCACAAAGACAGAGCUGCUGGGAAGCCCCCGAAACCUAAAUACAGUCCUUACAACAAACUACAGAAGGCAGCACAUCCACUGGGGGUAAAAUUAGUAUUUUCAAAAGAACCUUCAAAGCCAUUGGCUCCGCGAAUUCUACCAAACCCACUAGCAGCUGCAGCGGCCGCUGCUGCCGUGGCAGUGAACGCCCCCUUCAGUCUCCGAACUGCCCCAGCGGCAACACUGUUCCAGACCUCGGCGCUCCCUCCAGCACUCCUGCGGCCAGCUCCUGGACCUAUUCGGACCGCCCACACUCCUGUGCUGUUUGCUCCUUACUGAAUUCCAAAUGGGAGUACUUGUACUGCAAUAAUUUUUCAAAAGACAAAACAAACAAAACAAAAGAGAACUAUGCAGUGUUUAUUUAUAGUUUAAAGUAUAUCCGAAGAGCCAGGACUUUUGAUAGUGAAUUGAAAAGAUUAUUUUAAAAAAUUAAAAAAAAAAAAAAGGAGGGAGGUUUGGGGGGGAGGGGAGGGGUGGUAUUUUCUCCAAAUUAAAGCAUUCCUCUUGAACAUUGAUUGUUUUAGAAGUGAUCUCCAGCAUUGACUUGUAGUGGUAUCUAGAAUUUCUGAAGCCUUUGUGACUGUGCUUUUGGGCACCUAUUUCCCUCUGCAUUGUCUUUCCUGCUUUAUGAAACAACUAUACAUUGUAAGGGCAUUAACUGGUUCCAGUGUAUAUAUAUAAUAAUUUACUCUGUAGAUUAAGAUAAUAUGAAAAGAAGAAAAACAAAAGAAAACAAAAAAACAUAAAAAAACACACACACACACACAAAAGCAACACUGUGAAUAGUAGUACCCGUGCUGGUCCUCUUGCUAUGACAGCAAUUACUGGGUAUUUAUCCCAACAAAAGUAGAUACAGUAGAUGUCUUGUAAAACAAUAGUGCUGUGUCUCAAUCUAUGCCACUAGGUUUUAAAGAGUCGCAAAAGGUAGAAUGAACAACUAUUUCAUGCCAGUAAACAGUCAAACGAUAAACAAACACCAGAGGGUUUGUGGAGGUCUUCCUGGUCCACAUUCUCCCCCUCCUGUCCAGCUUGUAAGACUUUAAGUUGAGGACAAGAGAGCAGGGCUAAGCAUCGAGAUAGGGGAGACAUUUAUAAAGGUAGUUUCUUACAAAGUACUCAUUUUCCCACCCUGAGGCAGUAUUGCUGGGAAUCGGGAAGGCUUUGUAAUGCAACUAUAUCUGAAAACAGGUAAACCCGUGCAUCAUGGGUGUUUCGAAAGAAAUCAGUACAAGUGUUUUGUUUCAUGGAUAAGGAACGGUCACGACCUAAGAUGAUAAUGCAAAGUAAAGGUUUUUCAUGUUAGUGUAUAUCCAAAACAAGAAACAAAAACAAAAAAACACAGAGAAUAUUGCAUCUCUGCAAUAUAUCCCCUUUAUAUCAUACCAGUAAGGCUGUGUCUUAGGCAAAGGUUUCUGCUUUGAAUAUGAUGAUAGAUGUUAGCUAUUGUUGUGGGCUUUUUCUUGUUUUUUAGAUUUCCUACUGACAUGAUAUAAACAAUUAAUAUAUAUUUAAGUGUUAGUAAAACAAGAAAAAUGAAUCUGAGUUGAUUGCAGACCAAGGAUAUAGUGUUGAAAAAAAAUCUAGUAGGACGCACUUGACCAUCAUUUCUCUAGUGGAGUUGUGAAAUCUGGCAGCCUUCUGUGUUCACCGUAAGGCUGAAAGGAGUUGAUGUUUUACCUUUAAAACAAGAUUUAUCAGGGGUAUAUAUAAAUAUAUGUAUAUUGUAUAUAUGUUAGAAAGAUUAAGAGAAUAACUUAUAAAAAGAAAAUCUAUAUAAAAUAAUUAUAUAACCAUCCCAUGUUACAUGUUAUCAUUAAGUUGGUAACGAAUGGCAUAAAAAUAGCUGUGCCUUUAAUUUGUGAUAAAGGCUAUUUGCUUUUUCCCAUAGAAAGCUAACAUAUACCUAUCACUAUGAUGGGGUUUGAUGCAGCCAGUCUGUUGCAUUAAUAACAACAAGGAUACUCAAACUUAGAACAAUGAUAAAACAUGUACAAAUCAACCCUACAUGAUUUAGGUUUAGAGAAAAAAAAUAUUUUUGAAAAGGUUUUGUAAAGACUAUUUAAAAUAUAGGGAAGGGCUGGAUAUGGCCUUCCUAAAACUGCUCUUAUCUAAACUGUAGUAACUUUUUGAGAGGUAUAAAGAUUCAAGAUGAAACCAUUUGAGAGAUAGGUAUUUAGCAUUUGUCAUUUUAUAUUUAAGAAACACCCAUAGCGUGCUUGGUGCUCAACAUUGAACGUGGUCUUUGGAGUUCUUCUCCACCAUCUAUCUAGCUAUAGACAUUUGUCAUAUAAACGUAUCUUUAAAGCAGUUGGCUUUAUAUAUCUUUUGUUAAACAAAAAAAAAAAAAUAAGGAUAGAAGGAAGGAAGGAAGGAAGGGAAAAAAAGGGAGGAGGGCAGGCAGACAAGACAAAAAAGUCUUUCAUUAGUCCUUGGUAAAAAGAAUUUCAAACCACACACGUCUGGUUAAACAUGUUGGUUAGUAUUAAAAUUUGUUUUUUGAGAGUAUCUGGUGAUUUUACAUUUACCAAUACCUCUACAAUCUGGUUUUAGCAAGUGUUUCCUUUUUUCACUCACAGACCCUACUAGUUCAGUCAGAUGGAAAGUUGCUCAUGAGUUUGUUGUUUGGGGCUCUGUCUAUAUCUCGUGUGACCAGCUUCUGACCGAUUUGAACUUAAGUUGCCUUUUUCUGCUUUGUCAAAUAUUUUUAUCUUUCGCUAUAAGUUAGCCUGAAUCCUUAUCCAACAACCUUUACCCCUGAGAAAACCUCUUUCUAUUGGAGAACCUGAUGUUAACUGAUGCAAUCUCACUACUCUGUGCUUUUGCUAUUCUUUCCCCAUUUUCACCAAAGUGAACAAGCCAGUCCACUAGAAGUCAGGGCCUGUGGGAUGCAAAGAGUCCUGGAUCACAAGGUGUUACUAACUUUAAUGAUUUGCUGGGAGCAAACAAAUCAGCCAUAUUUUCUCCAUCAGCCAUAUGAGAAAACUCAGAAAUACCUAACUCCCUUCUGCCUCACUUCGCUAUGGAACCAUUUUUGUUUAAAUGGUCUCUUAAAUUGGAGUUGUAAUCAUCAGUUGUCUUUUACUCACUACCUAAUAAAGGAUGAAGCCUAACUAUAGAACUUA